AUGGUGGCAGCUAGUAUGUCCAAGGCGGCCAGCGUAUGUGCCACCUGUAAGGCUCGGAAGAAGCGAUGCGACAAGUCACUGCCGUGCUGUGGCUAUUGCGCUCACCGAAACCUGGUCUGUCGGUACCAGAACACCAGCCCUAACCUUCCGCCGCCUACACCAGAUGUAAAUCUGCGCCGCUCCUUCUUGGCCCAGUCGCCACGUCGCGUUCGGAGAAGUUAUGGCGUUGGCUCAGUUGGCACUGCCAGACAGGUCUCACCCCCUGUCCUCUUCGCCAGCCUCGCGUCCAGCCUCCACCUGCCGGCCAACGGGCAGACUCCAACCUCUGCGCCCAGACUUUGCACAGAGACACAACGACUCCUCGAAUCAACGGGAUUGUAUCUGGACGAAAUCAGCGUCCGCUAUUUCCAAGGGAUCCACGCGUUUGUUCCCAUCAUCUCCCGACGAAGGUUCCAUGGUCGUCUCCUGUCCUUCGGGGCCGAUCCGCAGUCCGACUUUGCCCUACUCUUACUAUGCAUGGGGCUUCUCACCAAAUCGACGGACCGGCUCGGACAAUUAAGCCCACAGCGGCCCCACCAUCUUGCGGAAAAGAUGACACUCUACGUCGCCACCAAGUCCCUGAUGGCCCAAGCGCAUGCCCUUCUUCCACUCACGACCCAUCUCAUUCAGGCCGGCGUGCUCCUAGCGGUCUACGAGUACGCCCUCGGAUAUCCGGAACGGGCGUUCGUGACCAUCGGUACCUACGCUCGUAUGGCCUAUGCGGCGGGGAUACGGUCCACCCCCUGCGUAUCUGAUACAAGCACCACUCGCACCGACUGGCUCGAGGAGCAAGAGGAAAAUAAUACAUGGUGGGGGAUCCGAAUAUGUGAGCGAACAUUUCUUUGCGAACUUGCCGUACUGAAUCAACCACUGGCGUCGGUGAUGCCAGCCGGGGACGUCCAUCUUCCGCUUGAGUCCCACACCCUCGAUCAAGACAGCCCGACCGUGGCACUUGCGUCCAGUGUUGCAGUCCAUGCCUUGGACGCCCCUGAGAUUGGCGGCUUCGGGCGCGCCGCGCAAGCCGCAUGGCUGCUGGAGGACGUACUGCGGGGGUUAUGCUUCGCGGAUCCGGAUCGCCAGCGAGGUCACCUUGUCGAAUGCGACCGAGCACUGCAGUCUUUUCUCGCUAUGCUCAUGCAGCAGAACGGAGGCGGGUCGUGGGGGGAGUUCUGCGUGGCGAUUGCGCUGACGAUCCGUGCGUUGUUCCUUCUCCAUACUCAUCUUCUCGCACGGUGCGCCGCAACCUCCUCGGAUGACACCCAGUCGGCUGUUUCUCAGUUAGCUUUGGACACGAUCACCAAAAUAGUGGUGGACAUUGCGGCCACCCGGGAGCAUCUGCCGGAAAGUCAGAUCGACCAUCUCCCUCCAAGCUGCAUGUAUAUUAUCCGCGCGGCGUUAAAGCAUCUCCAUGAUGUGGUUGCUCGCGGGACGACGGCGGAUGCACAGCUGCGGACUACUCUAAGAAAACUAGAAGGUCGGUGGGGCGGGGGCUGUCCAGCCGUUUGA